CUACUUUAGACAAUAAAGUUUGUUGCAUGUUUUUCCUAUAGCUCACUCCCCAUCAGCCGUGAUGUCAACUGGGUCAUCAGGGAAAGAACAAGAAGACUCUCAAGAGUUAAAUGAUGACAGUGAGCAGAGACCUCAUGGACACUUCCCUAGUCUCCACAAGUUUUCAGCACACAGAGCAUACUGGGGACAGAAACUCCAAGACAGCCAGGAACAACUGCUGUCUCAUGUCUUGGAUGAGACCAAAAGUCACACUCAGCACCUUGCAAUGGUGAAUAACAUCAUCCUGACCCGCUUUGACUUUUGGACUCUGGGUUUGCAGCAGGACAUGGAGGGAACGAUCCUGAACUCUUGUCUCAAAAUGAUUGAGAAGAGAGUAGAGAACCUGUUUGCUGCAGACAGCUAUGUCAUUUCCUCUUGGUUCCCACCAUCAUCGAGGAACCCCAUGGAUCACCUUCCGGAUAAUGCAGCCAGUCUGCAGUGGAUUAUUUUCCCAGUGUCCGUACCUGGACAUUGGACACUCUGUGGCCUACCAAAGCAAGAGUUCUCCAACAACUGCGGCGUGUUUGUUUUGAUGGUGUCCCUGUUCUCCCUUUUUCUGAGUUACAGGUGGAGUGGGUGUCAGCAACAAUCAGAGCACAUCUCGAUCAGGUGUGCUCUGCCCCUUAAAAGGCUGGCCAGAUUGCUCGCGCUCUCUCUCUUGCGCUACCUACGGGACGAGGUUGGCUCUCCCGGACGCCAGUACCUUUGCUCUGUUUUGUUUUUGAAGAUUUGGCUGGUGUUUGUAGUUUGUUCCGUUGAAUAAAUAUUCUAAAAGAGCCACAGUUCACCCGACUCGUCUCCCUCCUUGCCACAGUCUUGAGCCGGGCUGUGACAAAAUGUAUCAUUGGGAAUACGCCUGACAUUAUAUUAACCAGUACCUCUUGACUUACAGUACACUCUGUACAUUGUAAUGGGGGCCAAGUGCGAUUUCAGCGAGGAAAACAUGCUGCAAAUUAGGAGAUGGUGGUGUCUCACUCUCCUGCAGAACUUCCCCAUGCCGUCUGAAGAAGACCGAUUGCAGGACAGGAAACGGCGAC